CCCAUUCAGUCGCAACUUACACUGUAGCAGCACGCGAACGAGUUUUUCUCAGUCACUUGAUUUGUCCUCAGAAUCUGAAAAGAAAACACAAUUUCAGUAGCAGAAUGGCGAAUGAGGGUGCUGGCACCCCACACAGUCGCAGGGGGUCUCAUAAGGUGACUCCAUCAUCCGACCAGGACAGCACAGGGACCGAAAGAGCUACAAGAGAGGUCCCCUGCUCCAGUAAUGGAACAGUAGAAGUGGAGCACAUUAUUAGCAGAAAACUACAGCUGAAGAAGAAAGCUGAGCAUUUGAAAGCAGACCUGAUGCGGCAGUUUGACACUCAAGUGAAUGAGUUCAUGGACAGUCUAAUUGAGAAGUCUGCCAGUCUGGGUUCUUCCCAUGUGAGCACAGUCUUUCCUCUCUCUGAUAAGGAGAAAAGCAAACUCAGGCAUUCACAACCUUCCCAAGACCAAAGCAAGCAGUUUGUGAUUCGUCGAUCCCUGUUAGAUGAUCUGUUUGAGGUGAAUCACAUCCGCACCAUCUAUCACAUGUUCAUCGCACUCCUCAUCCUCUUUAUCUUCAGCACGCUUGUUGUGGACUUCAUCGAUGAGGGCAGACUGGUGCUAGAGUUUGACCUGUUGGUGUACGCGUUUGGCCAGUUCCCCCUAGUGGUUGUCACGUGGAUGUGUAUGUUCCUAUCCGCCCUAGUGGUUCCCUAUGUACUGCUCAGUGGCUGGGCCAGCGUCUAUCCAGCAUCAAACCAUCGGCCCUUGUGGACCUUGCUGGCUGGUUUCCUCUUGCUUCUUUAUCAGGGACUGUGUUUGGGUUUCCUGCCCACAUAUGUGGUACUGAAGAACAGCCUUCCCCCCGCAUCAUGCUUCAUUCUCAUUCUAGAACAGGUGCGGCUGAUCAUGAAAGCUUACUCUUUUAUCAGAGAAAACGUGCCAAAAAUACGAUCCUUAGAACAAAGCAAAACCAAUACUCAAGUUGUGCCUCAGCUGACACAGUACCUUUAUUUUCUCUUUGCACCCACCCUUAUAUACAGAGACAGUUAUCCAAGAAAUCCAUGCAUUCGGUGGGGCUAUGUGGCUACGCAGUUUUUGCAGGUGCUGGGGUGUUUGUUUUACGCAUAUUACAUAUUUGUGCGGCUGUGUAUCCCUCAGUUCCGCAGUAUCAGUAUGCAGCUCUUUGACCUGAGGGUCAUGGUGUUGUGUGUCUUCAACUCUAUACUGCCAGGUGUGCUGGUGCUCUUUCUGGCUUUCUUUGCCUUUCUGCACUGCUGGCUCAAUGCAUUUGCCGAGAUGCUUAGAUUUGCAGACAGAAUGUUUUAUAAGGACUGGUGGAACUCCACUUCAUUUGCUAACUAUUACCGUACCUGGAAUGUUGUGGUACAUGAUUGGCUGUAUUACUAUAUCUACAGGGACUUCCUGUGGAUGACACAAAAGCGAUUCCGUACAGCAGCCAUGUUGGCUGUCUUCACUGUGUCUGCCAUGGUGCAUGAGUACGUUCUGGCCAUCUGUUUUGGCUUCUUCUACCCCGUCCUCUUCUGCCUUUUCAUGUGCUUUGGAAUGGUGUUUAACUUUGUCCUUCACGACCGGAGAAAAGGGCCGAUCUGGAACGUGGUUAUGUGGACUGCUCUGUUCUCAGGUCAGGGGCUUCUCAUCUGCCUCUACUCUCAGGAGUGGUAUGCGCAGCGCUACUGCCCCAUAGAAGAGCCCUCUUUCAUAGACUUGCUGAAGCCUCGAUCCUGGACUUGUCAUCCACAGACCAACACUGCUGUGGAUGCUAACUAAUGGGAUUUGCACUGGAGGGAAAGGACAUUUUUUAAACAUAUUUUUUUUUUGCACAAACUUUAAAGUGACAAUUUUACUGUACAAACAUGCCUUAGAUAUUUUUUUUCUUAUUUACUGAGAUCUUAACAAUAUUUGUGAUAAUGUCCAUCAUAUAAUGUAGACUAUAUUUAAUGUUCCUUAUGAAUAUUUCAUUAUCUCCAGUUUCUAAGCGACACAGGUUAGUUAGCAUUUGACAAUCUAUUUUAGGUUUUGACUGAUCUGGCUAAAGAGAUUCUAUUUUUAAAAACCUCUGUGAUGUCAUUAAGUUGAGGUCAAAUUAUAAAUGUGUUUCAUUUACUGCUUCCUCACAAGUCAUUUUGUUGUUAGAUAGCAUUUGAUAUUGUAGUGUUAAAUGUUUGAAAAACUGAAUGUAUUUUAAUAUGGGAUUCAAUUGUGAUGUCACAGACAAACAAUCUGGGUCUAGCUGAUGCCACGUUUUUAAAAGUUUUCGAUAGGACUACUACACAAGGACCACAGCCAAGAAAUCCUAGAAUGUUUACAAAAUGGUGAAUUCCAGAACCCAAGCAGCUUUAAAUUUUGUGCCAUACUGCUGUGAAACACAACAAAUUGUUUUACCUUGCACUCCUCGAUUUAUUUAUAAUUUAAUUUGUAUUUUUGUAUUUAGUUUAAUUCUUCAUUCUUAUUUACUUUUUGGUAAGUUUGAAUUGUAGCCUGAUCUAAUAUCUCUGGAUUCUUGUACUAUUAUUUGACUUUUCUUUUUUUUUUUUUUCGUAUAACAGUACUAAGGGUUAUAUAAAAUACUCAUUUUAAUUAGGUGAUUUAAGCCUUUGUGAUAAAUUCCUUAGCUCUCCUGUGAAGGAAGCAGGGGCCAGGUUAACAGUCAACGCAAGUUUUUUAUUUCCUUCAAAUAUCAGUAUAUACACAAAUGUUCUGCUUUUCAGCAGCACACACAAACACUGCCAAGUGCUUCUCUCCACCUCAGGCAGUCUAGACACCCUUUUUAUCCCCCUACAUAUCUCACUGAAAUGCAGAACAACUGUUAGAGAUAAUUUCCCACAGGUUUCAAUCCUUACUGUUCUCCUUCUCCUGGGUUCUCUCUCCACAGACCUUGCUCAGCCACACCCUCAACCCCACAGCCUUAUUUAUUGCACAAUAAAAUAUAAAAUGUUGGAAGUAUUGAGGUGUUACAGCUGGCUGCACUUAUCAUUGUACUAUUACUGAUGGUUUUCAAUCACAUUCCCUUUAUUAGUUCCAAAUUGCUAUUAUUGUUUAUACU